GCGUACCGGUCGCGUCGCGUCGCGCCUCACUGUCCCGCAACCUCACAAUUGAACCUCGGUGCUAUCCAACGUCCACCGUCGCCCGCCAACGCCAAAUGCCAUCAUCCCGUCAAAACAUCUCGUUAUCGAGGGUGCAUUAAUCCUACCAAGAAGACCAGAAGACGGUGGAAACGAAAUGCUCACUCUUUCAACUUCCCCGCGCUAGCUGGCUUUUCCCCCGUUUUGGGCUUCACCGAAAACUUUCGCUUCAAUUCUCACAACAUUCUUGCACCCAAGCCCGACUGUCAGCCCGCUCUUAUCAGAGGCAUGCCGCCGCCUAGAGAGCUCCCCCGCGUCCGCUCAGCGGAGGCUUCAAUCGAGAAGGGUCGUGCAGCCUAUGCGGACCAGCGCUUCCGUGUCGCUCUUGAGCACUUCACCCUCGUUGCAGGGAACUGCCCCUGUUCAUGUCCCUCUUCGUCAUCCUCCUCUCCUAGCCCACGGCUAGGAGACGGAGGCAGUGCAGGUCUCACUCAACAGCGUCGCAGGAGAGAGCGGUGUACUUGCCGCGAUUUCGGUCAAGCUGCGGCCCGGCACCGCCGAGAGAGGGGCGCCGUGUACGCAGAAGCGACAAAAGAUUGCAAGUGCGGUGUCGAAAAGACGUGGGGGAAAUGCCAUCGUGAGGGACAUGUCCAGGCACUCGACUACCGCGCCGCGUGCUUCGAGAAGAUGGGCAACUUUGAGAAAGCAAGAAAGGAUGCCGAGUGGCUGCUGGAGAUUGCACCGCGGAGAUUAGAGGGAUACAUGAGGCUUGGCAAAGUGUACAGGUUAGAGAAAAAGCCCGAGUUAGCAUGGGCUGCGUGGAGUGCCGGCGUCGAGGUUGGGCGGAAGGAAGGGCUUGUUGGGACACCAAAGUUUGAGGUAUGUAGUCCCUGGCAACGAUUCGAGGUUGGACUAGAGCUGAUGGGCAGCUCGAAGCAAUUAUACAAGAUUCGGGAGCCGCUUCAUAAGCAUUUCUGUCGCAAAGACCCGUUGGAAUUGCCUGCUGAGCUGAUCGAGAACAUAUUUUCUUACUUUGAGUUUAAUGAGUUAUGUCGUAUGUCGGGCGUCUGUAAGCGUUGGGAAGCCUUCUUCGACACGCACCCCUACAUAUGGAGAGAGUUACAUUUUCAAACCGUCAAUCCUCAGAAGCCACCGCGAGUAAGCUUCAUGAAGACCCUCCGCAAACGGACCGCCGGACGCGCCCGCAGCCUCAUCAUACCCAACGCCCACACCUUUCAACUCAACGAGUCGAAAUGGAUAUCCCUCAUCCAGACGACAAACCCUCAGACGACAAGCCGGUUGGAGCUCGGCGGCGUGAGGCGUAACAUGGACGGCGACUGGGGGUAUAAGCUACCCCCGAAACCCCCCUUUUUCGAAGGGCUCUCUCAUCUGAAGCUGAGCUUCCACCACCAGCCGAUGCCGGACUACAACGGCAGAGGCGGACCCCAGGCCUUCGUCAGACAGUUCGUCGAGCGCGCUCGCGAGAAUCUACAGAGCGUGUCGCUGGUGAGCAUGCACCUGAACGACCUCAACUGGCCGGAGCUGCCCACUCUCAAGGUGCUGCAGCUAACAGGCCCGCUCAACUCGACACUCGCGCAGCUUACCCCUGACCGUCGAAUCGACCCAUUCGUCCUGGCCAGGUCAACUCCGAACCUCGAACAGCUCUACCUUGACAAUUUUGGCGUCUUCACCGGCGUAGACUCCCUUUCCCCGCCCGCAGACUGCUGGUCUCUCUGGAGAAACCUGCAGGUUAUCCGCCUCGGCACGACCCGGAGCGGCCUCUCGAUGGGCAACAAGCGCCACUUCCCACCACUCCACCCCUCCUCCUUCCGCGUGUUCGAAGCCCGCGCCGCACACCAGGGGAACCACGGCGACUGGCUCCCUCAGCAGCUACCGCUCGACUACUCGGGCUACGACGAGGCGUCCUCGUCACCCACAGACAAUGCGAACCUGGACCUCGUGACAUACCCCAACCUCGAGCGUUUCUGGAUGCCCAAGCUGCCGCUGAGCGUCGACCUCGCCACCGUCCUCCUCGAGCCCGCCAUCCGCUCCGGCACACUCCGCGAGGUCGGGCUUUGCUGGCGCCAGGACCCAGGCCAGUACUUCCCCGGCGCGCUCGACUUCCUGCGGAGCGCAGCAUCUGUGAGGACGCUGGGCUUCUUCGAGUUCGACUUCGAGAGCCACGAGGCCCUGACGCGAGACCCAGCCCACCGCGGCGUCGACCCCGGUGAGCUGCUGUUCCGGUUCCUCGAGUCGUUCCCGAACCUCGAGGUGCUGGAACUCCACUCCUCCAUGUGCGACCCCCGACGUAUCGGUGCCGUCAUAGAGAGAGUUGUCGCGCUGGGCAAGCUGAAGAAGGUGUACCAGAAGGCGCUGACGGGCGUCUUGAUGGAUCAGCUGCGGAGCUUUUGCCAGGCUCACGCGGUGGAGCUGAUUUACGGGAGCUGGGAGACGCCGUUUCCCGUGCCGCUCAAGUAA